AUGGCAGGAAUCAUAAACAAGAUUGGUGAUGCUCUUCAUAUAGGAGGAGACAAGAAAGAAGGAGAACACCACAAAGGAGAGGGUCAUCAUGUGGAACAACACAAAGGAGAACAUGGACAUGGUGCUGAGUACAAAGGAGAACAACAUGCUUUUGGUCAUGGAGAGCACAAACCAGAUCAAUACCAAGGGGGAGAGCACAAGGAAGGAAUUGUUGACAAGAUCAAGGAUAAGCUCCACCAUGGUGAGGGUGGAGCAGGUGAAAAGAAAAAGAAGGAGAGAAAGAAACGUGAAGAUGGUCAUGAACAUGGCCAUGAUAGCAGCAGCAGUGAUAGUGAUUAG